AUGUCCUUUCUUCUCUCCCCAGCGCGACGCACGGCGUCAGUCAUCCCCGCCUUUUCCGCGCGCACAUUCUCAACAAGCCGUCCUUCUCAGCUCGCACGAAUGACCUUAGUCGGUCGCCUCGGCACGGACCCCGAGCUUGCAGAGACCGGCAAGGGCCAGGUGAUCAAGUACGUCGUGGGAUCCAGCUACGGGCCAAAGGACAACAGACAGACUUCAUGGUUUCGCGUUGCUAGUUUUGCACCCGAGGGGAGUCAGCAGAGGGAUUAUGUCAUGGGGUUGAGCAAAGGCACCCUUGUUUACCUUGAAGGCGAUGCGACCAUGCGCACUUUCGACGAUGCAGACGGAAAGAAGCAGAGCUCGCUCAGUCUUGUACAGACGAAAAUUGAGGUAUUGAAGAGACCACAAUCCAAAGAGGAGGAGACUGUGGCUUAA